AAGCCGCUUGUAAACAGAGCCCGGCCGGGAUGGUCCGCGGCUAAGCGGGCUGUCAUCCGGAGGCGGGCGGUGGGCUGCCGAAGCCGGUCCCCCGCCAGGAGAGCACUAGAGGCCCUGCCGGUGAAGGGAGAGUAGCAGCCGGUGACCAGGAAAUCAAGCACUUCCUGUUGUCUUCACGGAGCUCUCACUGAAGAAUAAUCUCAAAGGAACAUUUGUCUCUCCGUACCUCUGUUAGUGUUCAUUUGCAGCUAGCAAAUGUUUUUAAUGACCAGGAAAGCAUCAACCACCCUUGUGUGCUGCUCCAGGCAGCCAAAUGAAGGUUUCUUCCAGUCGUGUGCAUCUAUUGCUGAAGCACCUGUCUUUGUUGGGUGAAUGUUCAUGAAGCCCUUUCUUGAACUAGCUUAGGAGGUGUAGGCCUCUUGGAGCCUGUGACAUGGAAGCUUUGGAAGUAGAUGAUAUCAGCCCAGCCUUGGAAGUUACUGAGGAUUUCUUUAAUACUUUGGACAGCAAGCUAGAACAGGCUGUGCAGCAUGCAGAGGUUUAUGGGAUCCAGGAAGUCCCUGAACUGGUGGGGCACGAGGUACUCAGAAACCUAACAGGCAAUGGUGCUACGAGAAACGUUCCCUCACUGGGCAAGGGGGGCAUGAUUUGGGACCACUGUAAGAGCAGGCUCUUAGAAACCAAAGCUCAAAAUGUCUUCCCUGCCAAAGAACAGUUUAUGGUCCAGAGAGGGACAACCCCAGAUAACCUCUCCUGGAUGGAACAAAAGGAAGCGUCAACCUUUAAUUUUUUCAAUAUCUGUCAGCGUCGGAGAGACAGACCUCGUUCUGUGAAUGACUUAUUGGAUGAGACCUCCUCUACUUUCAAGCCAGGGCAUGCUCGGUCGAGGUCAGAUAUUACCCACGUGGACUGGAGGGCAGUUCUCACAGCCAUGCCUUCGCAGCCCCAGCAGCCGCAGCAGCCAUCUCUGCAAGGCCCUCACUUCACCAGGCCAUCUUUUCUGUUGCCCUCCCCAAAUAAGGUGGAAGAUGCUCAAGGAAAUACUGAACACAAACAGACAUUCCCAAACAUUCUCAAGAAGGGUUACCUGGAGAUUAGGAAAGACCACGACAGUUAUUGGCAAAGCUGUUACGCAGAACUUUCACCCUACAACCUAUACUUUUACAGCCUUGACAACAGUGGGAAUCAAAACCUCUAUGCCACGUACCAGCUUUCACACUUCCAGAGCAUAUCUGUUUUGGGCAAUCUUGAAGCCAGGAUGGUGGAUACUGUUCUGUAUGACAACACCCAGCUACAGCUUAAGGCAGAGUCACCGUGGGAAGCUUUGGACUGGGGGCAGAAGCUUUGGGAAGUCGUGCAUGCCACUGUACCUGGUUACGUGGGACGGCACGAUGAGCUGGCAAACUCACCUGGGCUUGGUCAUCAUGUUGACUGUACACAGAAUCAUUGUUUACAGAAGAAAUCCAGUGGGCCGCUGCCACCGUCCCCAGUCCUGGAUAGCCCGAAGCAGUACCAAAACAUCCUCAAAUCAGGGACUCUCUACAGGCUGACUGUCCAAAACAACUGGAAGGCAUUUUCAUUUGUGCUGAGCAGGGCCUACCUUAUGGCUUUCCAGCCCGGCAAGCUAGAUGAGGAUCCACUGUUGAGCUACAAUGUGGACGUGUGUCUGGCUGUCCAGAUGGACAACCUGGAUGGCUGUGACUCUUGCUUUCAAGUCAUUUUUCCACAAGAUGUCCUCCGUCUCCGAGCUGAGACCCGGCAGAGGGCUCAGGAAUGGAUGGAGGCUCUGAAAACAGCUGCCAAUGCGGCGAGAAGUUCAGAGCAAAACCUGCAAGUGACAUUGAGGAACAAACCCAAGGAGCAGAUGGGUGGGCAUGAACUCAGGAAGAACAAACGCCAGUCCGUGACCACCAGCUUCCUGAGCAUUCUGACGACUUUGUCUUUGGAACGAGGACUCACUGCUCAGAGUUUCAAAUGUGCAGGAUGCCAGCGAGCCAUAGGUCUGUCCAACGGGAAAGCCAAGGUGUGCAAUUACAGUGGGUGGUAUUACUGCAGCACCUGCCACGUGGACGACAGUUUUCUCAUCCCGGCUCGCAUCGUCCACAACUGGGACACUUCAAAAUAUAAGGUGUCUAAGCAGGCCAAAGAGUUUCUGGAGUACGUGUACGAAGAGCCGCUGAUCGACAUCCAGCAGGAGAACCCCAUGCUGUACCACCACGCCGAGCCGCUGGCCACCGUGGUGCGGCUGCGGCAGCGGCUGAAGUCGCUCCGAGCCUAUUUAUUCAGCUGCCGGGCAGCGGUGGCAGAGGAUCUGCGCCGCAGAAUUUUCCCCAGAGAAUACCUCCUUCAACAGAUCCACCUGUAUUCCCUCGCCGACCUGCAGCAGGUGAUAGAGGGAAAGCUGGCUCCAUUCUUGGGCAAGGUCAUUAAAUUUGCCACUGCACAUGUGUACAGCUGCAGUCUUUGUAGCCAGAAGGGGUUCAUCUGCGAAAUCUGUAACAAUGGAGAGAUCCUCUACCCUUUUGAGGAUAUUUCAACAAGCAGGUGUGAAAGCUGUGGAGCCGUUUUCCAUUCUGAAUGCAAAGAAAAGUCCGUCCCCUGCCCGAGGUGUGUCCGCCGAGAGCUGCAGAAGAAGCAGAAGUCUUUCUGGCAGAGGCUGAACAUGGACGAGAGUCUGGAGGAGGCCUGCACCAUGUUUGAGCUGUCGUACCAGAACACGUGACGCGGCAGCCCCGUCACCAGGGAUGCACUGAUCAGCGACCCGUCGGCCCCAGAGUGGCCUCCUAACUGGCCAGUUAGACCCUUGGAAGAAGAUUAUGUCUCAUCUCCAGCUAGAUAUAGAUAAAGAUAUUUAUUUAUAUAUAUACACACACACACCUAUAUGUCCUGUGCGUAUGUUCUGUAUAAAUCGUUGUCUAAAAGGUCCACAGAGCCUCCGUGGCUUGAAAAACUACCAGUAGCUAAAUUACACUUAGCCAUGAAUUUCAGCUGCUUGCUCGCAGGCAAAACGUGGUAUACACACAAUGCUUUAUAGUUCAGACUCUUUUUUUUUUUUUUUUUUGUCUCUUGGGGCAUUUUAUUACACAAGACACAAGAGGAAGCAUUUCCUGCAGAACAACGGCGCUUCGGGUUAUUUUUGUGUUAUUUAUUUUUAGCUUUCACAGAGACUGAGGUAACUGAGGCAGGCAUCCAUCAUCAUCUGUUUCGUAAGAAAAUCUUCAAAACACAAGAAUGACUCUGGACGCUUCCAGGACCUGGUGUCCCUGGCGCUGUCGCCCCCGUCCCUCCCGCAGAGGUGGGGCUGACCCAGGCAGAGCCGAACGCUGCAAAGCAGGAGUGCGCGCUCCCUCCGACACAAGGCAUGCACCCGCGAUUUACGAGGAGAGCUGGUUCUGGUUUUGAAGUUAAUCUCAGAAAGGUUUUUCCUGAAAAAAGAAGAAACCUCUGUGACCAAUAACUGCAUGUUGUCGGUCUGUUUGCUGAUACGAACCCCAAUGCCCACCUAACGAUGUGACACCCUUCCAUAUUUGCCAGGUUGUAACAUGGCUCUUGAGAACGGUUUCCCAAGGGUGUCGUGGGUGAUAUUUAUGAUUUUUUCAUGGUGCUGGCCAGAGGAAAUGUCCUGGGACUGUUGAUGAAGACAUCGGCAUGUAGACUGGUAGACAGGGUACAGGUAUAUGGUACGUAUAUUCCAAGAGAUGGUCUUCAGUGUCUUCACAAAAUCCUCUGUAGGCAAUUCCUACCUAUUUAUUUUAAAUGCUUUAUUUCUCAUUAUUCUUCACUGCACUUUCAUUUUGACCUUUAAUUUGUCAAUUUAACCACUCUUGUUUUUACAUUUUUGAAUUAUUUAAAAAGUCAGAGUAACAUGGAAUUUUAAAAUACCAACUUUAGACUAUUAAGACAAUACCAAGCUUACAGAUAUAAUUAAUGAAUUAAAUCUACUAUCGUUUAAAUAUAUAUACACAUAUAUAAUUGCCACCUUAAAGUAAAA